CAACUUUCCCCUCAACCCUCCAUCCUCUCCCCACCACACUACCUUGCCCUCUUGGUGUGCCUUCUCGUUCAAGGGUGCUGCUCCAUCUGAAGCUCUAUCUAUCUUCAUCAGCACUUCAGAUCGGGAUCUUUUCUCGUCAAACGCAAGUAUAGCAGGCGCGCGACGAUAAAUAGUCCGAUUUCCAGUCAUUGCUCCAAGAUCUUAUUCUAUGCCUUUCCCGCCCUCCUAUUGAUCGUCCGAAUAGACUUACAUUCAGCAUUUUCCUCCACACGACAAAUCUCAGAUCGAAAAUGAGUCCGCGCACCAGAAGCCAGAAAGCCUCCGCUGAGCUGGAAGCCACGGACCCAUCACCCGCCGUCAAUGGGACCCUCCAGCCUUCGUCAAAAAAUGGCCCGGAAGCCGCCGCGAAUGGCGAAGUACAAGAAAACGUUUUCCUAUUUGCACCGAACUUGAUCGGCUAUGCGCGCGUGGUGUUGACAAUGGCCUCGCUUUACUACAUGCCCUUGCAUCCGCGGACAUGCUCCCUCCUCUACAGUGUCUCUUGUCUGCUGGAUGCCCUGGAUGGGUAUGCGGCACGGUACUUCAACCAGUCGACUACCUUUGGUGCCGUGUUGGACAUGGUGACGGAUCGCUGCACAACGGCGUGUCUGCUGGUGUUCCUCAGCUCGGCCUGGCCCCGGUGGUCGAUUGUCUUCCAGAGUCUGAUUGCCUUGGAUAUGGCUAGUCACUACAUGCACAUGUACGCGACACUCAGCAUGGGUGGAUCCAGCCAAAGUCACAAAAAGGUCGACUCCAGCCGCAGCUGGGUCCUGUACCAGUACUACCACAGCCGGACGGUUCUGUUCAUUUGCUGCGCUCUCAAUGAGCUGUUCUUCAUCGGUCUCUACCUCCUGUCCUUCUCCUCGCCCACGCUCUCCCCUUCUCUUCUCCAGCACAAGGUUGGAGGCCUGGACACGACCGUUCCUCCUCCGGAGGGUUAUUCCAGCCCCUGGAGUGCAGGUGCUCUUGAGCUGGCUCGUGCGAACAAGAUCGACAGCUUCUGGCCUUGGGUUAUCACUGGAAUCUCCUUUCCGGUCAUGGCUUUGAAGCAAUUCAUCAAUGUCGUACAGCUGGUCAAAGCCAGCAAGUGGUUGGCCGAGGGUGACCUGGCCAACCGAAAGGCCCUGCGAUCGGCAAAGGGCAACUGAAUGGUCGGUCAACUCGGGCAUCUGUGGUGCCUCCGUAUGGUGCUUCUCUUCGACUCGUUCAUUCCGAUGCCUUCUGGCUCACUUUCUCUCCGGAUGGUCUCCGGUUGGCCGGACAGUGGUCCUUGCUGGACCGGCUGUUUUAUCUCUGCUUUCUUCCGUGCAUGGUUCUGGUGCUCUGGUCGGGUAUGUCAACUGGGGCAAAUUGGCCCGGGUGUGGUCUUUCUGGUAGUUUCCUAUAUGUGUUGGGAGGAAAUUGUGGCAUAUGAGUCUGUAGAGGGACUAUCUUUCUCUGGACAAAAGGGUGAAUGAUUCUCGGCGUGUUGUUGACCUAUUACCUCUACUGUUUCCGCCCCCCGCCCUCUGUUUUGUGUUUCUCGCCGUGCUUCUCAUUCAUACAGCUUCUUCUUCCCGUUGUCUUCUUUCGCUAUUAAUAUUAUCAACCUAUUGUAUUUUC